CGCGUCAGUGCUCCUCGUCCGCACCCGCUGGCAGCAGACUGGGCCAGAGGCUGCCAGAGGCCAGUCCGACAGCCAUAUGGACCGCUACGCCCCGCACAACGGCACCGAGCCCUCUUCCCGCAACACCGUCACCUCCCGCUUGCACUCUCUCUUUUCGUCCCAGCAGAGUCGCAAGGACACGCAGCAAGACAUGAGGCCGCCGCGCGCACCAGCCGCCGCGGGCGCCCGAGCGGGCUCGGGGUCGCGGACACACUCACGACCGCAGAGUCUGACUUUCCCAGUGGCGGGACCGUCUCAAAGUCAUACGCAGAGCUCGGAGAAGCCCCACCCUGUCCUUCGCUGGAUAUCAGGCAAGCACUCCUCAUCCAAAUCCCUUUCGUCCUCCCCAGCACCUUCCCCGACCCGUUCAUCUCCUGUUGAUACCCCCUCCUCCGGCUUGAGCACACCAUCCUCCGCCGUCUCUGCAUUGGUGGACGCCUUCAAUGACAACCCUCUCCUCAUUCCCGCACACCAUACGGGCUUCAACAAGUCCUCCUCAUCUCUCGUCUCCUUGCCUACACGCCCCGAGGCUGCUCGCCUCCCUCCACACUUCCGAGCGACCCGCCCACCACGCUACCUGUCCGAACUCACAAGGACCACAUUACCCAGCGCCUCGAUAUCACCGCCCUUGCAGCCAUACGACGAGGAGGCAUUCCAGAAUCCGGUACGGUACACCGACCCUUUUGCCCCAGAUCAGCACCACGAUGCGGACAGGGAACGGGACCUAGACAUUCUAUACAGUCCUACGCCGAAGCCUCUAGCAAUACCGCACUCGCCCGCUCGCGCGCACUUAGGGCGGCAGCGCUCUGGUACCAUGUCGACGUCGUCUACGCAGUCUUCCCUGGAUACGCUUAGGUCGAUACACGAACGAGGUCGGAGUAUACACACGGCAUCGCCGCCGCAGCUGAAGAUUAGCCUUCUACCCGAUUCGCUGAAGAACUGGUUCGGCGGAGAGGAGAGCGUGGAUAGCAAGGCCAUGCAUAACAUGUUGAGCGAAGAGGACCAGCGAGGGAGCAGGCAGGCUGAGAGGGAGCACAUAAAGAAGAAAUACUAUGGGCCGAAGAACCCUGUCGUGUUCUGCCACGGGCUCCUCGGCUUCGACACGGUCACCGUCGGGCCCUCCAUUGCGUCUCUACAGGUCACCCAUUGGCGAGGCAUCAAGGAGGCGUUCGAAACGAAUGGCGUUGAGGUCCUGAUGACUCGCGUACCUGCGACCAGCACGCCCAUUGACCGGGCGAAGGUACUCUGCGAAAAGAUCAGCGAAGUCUACCCUGGGCGGAGCGUACACCUCAUCGGUCACAGCAUGGGUGGCCUUGAUUGCAGAUACCUAACAACCCAUCUCACCGACCGGCCCUUCAAGGUCCUUAGCAUUACGACCAUCUCCUCGCCGCACCGGGGCUCCUCGUUUGCGGACCAUUUUCUCUCGACGAUCGGCAGGGACCGGAUGCCGUCCGUCCUUUCACUGCUUGACCUUCUUCCGAACGGCGGAGGCGACGGCAAGGCGUUCGAGUUUCUGACGGUGGAGAACAUGGCGAAGUUCAACGAGGACACUCCGGACGUGCCCGGGGUGAAGUACUUCAGUUGGGGCGCGACUUACGACCCAGGGUUGAUUGACACAUGGAAAUGGUCACAUACCGUGGUCUUGGAGAAAGAGGGCCCUAAUGACGGGCUAGUCUCACUCAAGUCAGCCAAAUGGGGAACGUACCUCGGCACACUCGAAGGCGUGAACCACCUCGAUCUGAUCGGCUGGGUGAACACUGCGCGCUACAAGUGGGCAGAGAUCAUGGGACGCGAGGUCAAGUUCAAGCCUGUCACGUUCUAUCUAGGCAUAGCCGAUCACCUGGCGAGGGUGGUGGAGGGACAAGGACAAGAGGAAGGUGCCGGCACGAGCGGAGAAACGCGGGCAGCGGGAGAGGCAAGCGACGAGGGUCGGGCUGCCCCGGGCGCGACAGCAGGAGAGACGAGUGAAGAACGGGAAGAGCGCGAGGAGAUCCGGAGGGAGGGCGAGCGCGCCGAGAUGGCGGAUAGUCUGGGGAAGGGCGGUUCGUUGGUUCGCGAAGGCAGCGAGACUGCGGAGAGGAGUGCGGGGGAAAGGGACGGACAGUCUGGGGAACGGUGACACAAAUUGGCGGAAGGUACAAUAUAGGUAUCAUCUUGGAUAAGGGACUUCACAGCGCAUAUCCAGUCUUGCUAGCAACUCACGAUGCACACGACACGAUGUAUGGUAGUUCCGUAUAAUGCACAUAAUAUCUGGA